UCACAAAAUGCCCCGAGUUUGCGAGCUCUGUCCCAUCUAGUUCUGUAUAGUGACAGUGUUAGUGGACAGUGCUUUCUGUGCUUUAACUGGAGAGCGCUGUCUCGUGCGUGUUCGGUGUAGAUUUGAUACGUAAAUACGUGAUAAGAGCCAGUAAUCAUGGUUCAGCAAUACCAAUCGCCUGUGCGAGUGUACAAGCAUCCUUUCGCUCUCGUCAUGAUGGCAUAUGAGCGUAGGUUUCCAACAUGUCCACAGAUUCCAGUUUUUAUUGGAUGUGAAGUCAUGUUGGAUGAAGAAAGCGAGGAUGGUGUUGUUAGAACUACAGAAAGGCGGUGUAAAUUAAAUGUUGAGGCACCUUAUAUCUUGAAAAAGAUAAUUGGUGUGGAUUUUGUAUACUUUAUUCAAAGGAAUGUUUUAAAUAGGCGCAAUAGUGUUUUAGAAAUAGAAGCAUACAAUGAAAGCUUUGCCACUAGAGUAACAGUUAUUGAAAAAUGUAAAUAUUUUAUUCAUCCUGAAAAUCCAGAAUGGACUUGCUUCGAACAAACUGCAAGUUUAGAUAUUAAAAACUUUUUUGGUUUUGAAAAUUCGAUGGAAAAAUUAGCAAUGAAGCAGUAUGCACAAAAUAUUGCCAAGGGUAAGGAAAUUAUUGAAUAUUUUAUAAACCAAUUGAAAGAAGAAGGCAUUACCUACGUUGCCCCUUGGAAAGACCCACUGGAAAAAUCUAAAGAAGAAAAGAAAAAUGUGGACGAAAAUAGUGAAUUGUAUAGUGACAAAGAAUUAUGUAACACCGACAGCAAACUGCCUAGCAACAGAGAAAUGCAACUGUCAUCGGAUUAUAUAGAGAGAUACUUAGGAAAAUUAGAUAUGCUGCAGGAAAGCAAAUUAGUGCAGCUUAGACAUAGCAUUGAAGAACUCAGGGGUAGUUCGGUACCGGGUUAUGCAACACUCCUACGAUUCCUAAGGGCCACGGAAUUCUCUGUUGAAAAGGCUAGAGAAAUGUUAACACAAUCGUUACAUUGGCGAAAGAAACAUCAAAUUGAUAAACUCCUUGAUGAAUAUGAAAUGCCACAAGUAAUUAAAGAUUAUUUUCCUGGUGGUUGGCAUCACUUUGAUAAAGAUGGACGACCUUUAUAUAUCUUAAGGCUGGGUCAAAUGGAUGUUAAAGGUCUACUUAAAUCGAUUGGAGAAGAUGAACUAUUAUUACUGGCUUUACAUAUCUGUGAAGAAGGUUUGCACCUAAUGGAAGAGGCUACUACUGUUUGGGAUCAUCCAGUUUCUCAAUGGACAUUAUUGAUAGAUUUAGAAGGUUUAAAUAUGCGGCAUUUAUGGCGACCUGGAAUAAAAGCAUUAUUGAGAAUAAUAGAAAUAGUUGAAGCAAAUUAUCCAGAAACAAUGGGAAGGGUUCUAAUCAUGCGUGCUCCCAGAUGUUUCCCCAUUUUGUGGACACUUAUUAGUACCUUUAUUAAUGAAAAUACUAGGAAGAAGUUUAUUUUUUAUUGUGGGACAGAUUAUCAAGAACAGGGGCCUGGAAGCCUUGGUGAAUAUAUUACUCAAGAAUUUAUUCCUGAUUUCCUAGGUGGUGCCUCAGAGGAAAUGAAUAUAUGCGAUGUCUAUAAUAUGGUACCUCGAAGAUUUUACAUUUUCGACGCAACUAUGAACACCACAUACGUAAUGGAAGGCGGAGUAGUACCGAAGAACUUGUACAGAAUGGAUUUGGAAGGUACCUCCGGUGAACACGAGCACAGUCUAUAUCACUCUAUCAGCUUGAGCCGUGGUCAAACUCAUCAUGUGUUCAUAGAAUCAGAUGAUCCGGGCGCUGUUCUAACAUGGGAUUUUGAUGUAAUGCGGCAUAAUGUCAUAUUUACGGUACUUCACAAAUCUCGAAACAGUGAAAACGGUGCUAUCUCAGAACUUCCAGAGCUCGCAAUAGGCGGUGAUCAUGAAAUCGUUGCUGCAAAAGAGUUAAAAGAUAAUUACGUUAAGGUUGAACAUAGCAUAAUUUGUCAUGAUGGUGAAAGUAUCCAAGGUACUCAUAUCAUGCAGGAUACAGGUACUUAUGUUUUACAAUGGCAAAAUCAAGAAGACCCAGCUGAAUUUCUUCCAUCUAUAAGCUCUCAUAAGGCUCAACUUAUGUACUUUUAUGAAACAUUACCAUCUGCACAUUACAGAGGUUCAAUGAUGAGUUUGCAGUCAGCCAUAAGUGGAAGGUCAGAGGCUAGUUCAUCCUUAUCCAGAUGAAAAGCAAUGAAUAUGGACGUUGAAUUGCAGGAGACAUGAAAUUUCGUUUUUAAUAUUUUAUCAAAAUGUGUUAUGAAAACACGAAUCUCAUUAAUCUUUUAUAGGACUAAAAUAUAAUUUAUAUUUUAGUCUAAUAUUUUUAUUUUGUUGACGAGGUAGAGCUUUCCUAUACACAUCAACAAUCCAAAUACUGCUUCAAAUCUCAAGCCUAAAUACUCUCAUCUCGACAAUUGCAUAACCAAUGUUAUCAUGUUAUAUAUAGUUGUUAAACUAUACAGUAUAUAAUAAUGUUGUCUAAUAUUUAAACUUUAUUUUUUCAUAUAAAGAUAAAUUAGAUAAAAUUUAAUACUUAGAAUAAAAUCAUGUACAUUUUAUAGAUUAUAUUGCAAUAUGAGCAGUAGAGAUCUGCAAGAGCACAUUAUAGUUUCCAGCUUCAAAGUGGAUGAUAAUCCAAAUUGUGCAAGUGAAUUGUGUGAUUUAAUAUUAAUUUAUAUACAUAUAUUUACAUAAAGAACACACGGGUAACGGAAAACGUUCUUCCCUCAUAAACAGUACAUUUUACUAAAAUUUUGUCUUAAAGAAAGAUGCAUAAACAAACUAAUUUUUAUAGCAUAAUAGUAUACAGUAAUUUUCUAUACUAUAGUGAAAUUCCAUUCCAUUCCAUUCCAUUUCAUUGCUGAGUGAUAGAAUACAUUAUACUAUAUUUCUAAUAUACUUCCACAAAACAUAUUAUGCAAAAAGAUUAAUAAUUAUAGAAUCACAAAUCCUCUAAUUAAAAAAAAAAUUGAUAAGAAAACUUAGAUUAAAUUGUGUUAAUUUAUUAUUAUUUUGUUCAAAUUAAGUUUGUGAUAACUGCAGUCGCAAAUCAAGCUACCUAAAAAUUAAUAAGAACAUAUAAUAAUUUAUUAUGUGCCAAAACAAAUGUGAAAAGGAAUGAAAAAUAUUUUCAGUACAAAAUACUUUCAGUACAAAUGGAACUAAAUUUACAAUAAAUGAAAGUAAAUUAAUUUUGAGAUAACAAUAUACCUAUUAUAGAAUUGAUAAUUUUUGCACUAAAUUUAUCAGUGUUUUGGCAAUCUCAAUAUUUUAAAAUGUUAUUAUUAAUUUUCUGAAUUAGCCUACAAGAGUCCAUUAAUUUUAGAUAUAAUAGUAUAAAUUAUCUAAUGACAAAUUAACGUAACGAUAUAUACAUUAAUGAAAAUUAAUUCUAAAAUGCAGGAUACUCUAAACAUAUAAAUAUUAUUUAAAUAAUUAUAGUCAAUUACAAUGCAUAAUAUGAACAUAAAGAAUGCUCAUACUUUCAAUGGUAAAUAUUGUAUAGAAAUAUAAUCUAAGAAAGCUUUCGUAUAUAAGAAAUUAUUAUAUCUUUAAUCAUCAAGGUAUAAUUUAUAACAAUAAUUAACAAAUUCUAUUCAUCAAUUAAUUAUAUCAAUGAAUGGAAACAUCUUUAAUAAAUUCUGUCUUGAUGAUUAUUGAUUGCAACUAAUAGUUUAAGUGAGGAAACAACAUAUUUUUCAGAUACAGAUUUUUAGAAUGAACACAAAACAGACGUGUGUUUUUACUAGAAUAGUAUGCAGUGAAAUAAAAUUAUAUGGCCGGCCAAUACUUGUUAAAUAGUUAAUUAAAAAUAUCAUGUUUAUCACUCAUCACUAGGAUACAAUUAGUUAUUUUAAAAUGUAAUUGUAUAACUAAUAGUAUGCACAAAAUGUGUGUAGCAAACUAUUAUAUUAUGUGAAGAAGUAAGAUGUAUGAGUAUUGACACAAUCGUUUGACUAAUAGAAAGGAGAAAUUUGUAGAAUUUAUUACUAUUCCUAGUAUGCAACUUGCGUCUUCUUUGUAAUUAGAAGCUAUGUAACUCAGAAAUUAACAUAUUGUCUCAAAAUAAAAAGAAAAUUAUAUAUGUCACUGAUUUUAAAGUGUCACAUAAUGUAGCGACGUAGGUAGUAAUAUUGUUAUUUCUAUUGUCAUCUCAUACAACGUUGAAGGCAAUAAAGUUUAAACAGAUUUA